AGACAGAAUACUCUACUUGAGGAGACGCGAGUAGGACUUUGAAAAUCUCAGCAAAAGGAGUUGUGACUGAUGAGAAUUGAAGGCCAUGGAUGAAGAUGGACUUGAAUUACAACCACAGGCGCCAAACUCAUUUUUUGAUGCAACAGGAGCUGGUGCUACACACAUGGAUGGGGAUCAAAUUGUUGUGGAAGUACAAGAAACGGUUUUUGUGUCAGAUGUUGUGGAUUCAGACAUAACCGUGCACAACUUUGUUCCUGAUGACCCAGACUCAGUUGUAAUCCAAGAUGUUAUUGAGGACGUUGUUAUAGAAGAUGUCCAGUGUCCAGAUAUCAUGGACGAAGCAGAUGUAUCAGAAACAGUCAUCAUCCCAGAGCAAGUGCUGGACUCAGAUGUAACUGAAGAAGUUUCUUUAACACAUUGCACAGUUCCGGAUGAUGUUUUAGCUUCUGAUAUUACUUCAGCCUCGAUAUCUAUGCCUGAACAUGUCUUGACAAGUGAAUCUAUACAUGUGUCUGACGUUGGUCACGUUGAACAUGUGGUUCACGAUACUGUAGUAGAAGCAGAAAUUGUCACUGAUCCUUUGGCCGCCGAUGUUGUUUCAGAAGAAGUGUUGGUAGCAGACUGUGCCUCUGAAGCAGUCAUAGAUGCCAAUGGGAUCCCUGUGGAUCAGCAAGAUGACGACAAAACCAACUGUGAGGACUACCUUAUGAUUUCCUGUAAGUAUCGGGGUACAUUGUUGGGGUGCUACUUUUCUAAAUUAAGCCAUGUUAAUUUUCUUAACACUGUUAAGAAAAUUGAAUAA